AGGUCAAAGAGUAGGAGGGUUGACGAUGACGACGACGAUGAUGAAUCCUUAUAUUCUGCGAAGAGAGUUGAUGUAAAGAAAGGGAAGCUCACCCUUAAAGGAAGUAUGGAGGAGCGGCUAGACCAAUUGGACAAGAGGGAAACCGAGUUGUUGGACACUAUCAAUAAACAGACAGACACCAUCAAGCGUCUCAAAGUCUAUCGCAAACGCUGUGAAGAAAAGGAUAAAGAUAUAAAGGUUCUAGAAGAAGAACUAGGAGGCAGCGGUGUAAUAUCCGCCCGGCGAUCGCCCACUCCCAGAACCAGUCGCCCCCCUUCUGGACGACGAGCGUCUAUGGAAAGCACAAUGUCUGAUGACCGUCGAAGCGGAAAAAAGAGCAUCGAUUCAGCACAGGAUAGUGCUGCACGCAAAAUACAACAAGGAUGGAAGAAGAAACAGUCUGACAGAGAAGAGCAAGAGAAGGCAGAUUACGAAAGGAGACUGAAGGCGGCUGAGCGUCUACAGGAAAAACAUGCUGUGCGAACAAUAGAGAAAAAUUGGACGAAUUACAAAACUACAAAGAAAAGACAAGACCAAGAACAGGCAGUAUGUUACAGUUUCUUGCAACUUUGAAUAUAAGAACAUGAUAUUAAAACUAUGAGUAAGGGAACUUUGUGAAACCAUU